UUGCGUGCCAGUCGAGCAUAUAGAAUCGAGAAUAUCAGUAUCUAGAAUCGAGAAGCGCGACUCCCGGACAGUUCCUCCCCGUCGCCUCCAAUAAAUUAUUAUAAUUAGCAUAGUUGAGGGGACACCGAGCCGGAGCCGCAGUUAAACGGCAGUGGAAUUUAGCGCUGCUAGUGGAAAUUUUGUGAAAACAAAAGGGGAAAUAUUCCAGGCGGCCGGCGCCAUGUCCGCUGGCAAUGUUAGCCAGGUUCUUGGACCGCCUCGCGAUCCGCUGGCGAUCGUGGUACCCGUCACGGUGGUCUACUCCCUGAUCUUCAUCAGCGGCGUGGUGGGCAACAUCAGCACCUGCAUCGUGAUCAAGAAGAACCGGUCCAUGCACACGGCCACCAACUACUACCUCUUCUCGCUGGCCAUCUCGGACUUCCUGCUCCUGCUCUCGGGCGUUCCGCAGGAGGUGGCCUUCAUUUGGUCCAAGUAUCCGUACGUUUUCGGCGAGUACAUCUGCAUUGGACGGGGUCUGCUGGCGGAGACAUCGGCGAAUGCCACGGUGCUCACGAUUACGGCGUUCACGGUGGAGCGGUACAUAGCCAUUUGCCAUCCGUUUUUGGGCCAGGCCAUGAGCAAACUGAGUCGAGCCAUCCGGAUCAUCGUCCUGGUUUGGAUUAUGGCCGUGGUGACGGCUAUUCCGCAGGCUGCCCAGUUCGGAAUCGAGCUGUAUUCUGGCGUCGAGCAGUGCUCCAUAGUGCGGGUCAUAGUGAAGCACUCGUUCCAGCUGUCCACCUUCAUCUUCUUCCUGGCUCCGAUGUCCAUCAUCCUGGUUUUGUACCUCCUGAUAGGUGUGCACCUGUACCGAUCCACUCUGGUGGAGGGUCCUGCCUCGGUUGCCCGUCGCCAGCAGCUGAAGAGCGUGCCCAGCGACACGAUCCUGUACCGCUACGCCGGAUCCAGUACCGCUGUGAACCUCAACGGGGGAGCAGGAGCAGGAGGAGCAGCUGCGGUGGGCGGCUCGGGGGCGCAACUCAGCUCGGUUAGGGGUCGGCUCAAUCACUAUGGCACCCGGCGAGUGCUCAGGAUGCUAGUGGCCGUGGUGGUGUGCUUCUUCUUGUGCUGGGCCCCCUUCCACGCGCAGCGCCUGAUUGCCAUCUACGCCCCUGCACGGGGGGCCAAGCUGCGGGAGCAGCACGAGUUUGUCUACACGGUGAUGACCUACAUCUCCGGGGUACUCUACUACCUGUCCACCUGCAUCAACCCGCUGCUGUACAACAUCAUGAGCCACAAGUUCCGAGAGGCCUUCAAGGCCGUGCUCUUCGGGAAGAAGGUGUCCAAGGGCUCGCUGAGCUCGCGGCACAACAUGGAAUCGCGGCGCCUGAGGAGGGCCCUGACCAACUCCAGCCAGACGCAGCGCGCCUCCAUCGAGUCGGCGGAGCAGCCGAAGCAGUCGCUGAUGCAGAAUCCGGUGAACAGGCCCACAGUCGCCUCCCAGUACGCCAUGAUCAAUGAACAAGUGAACUGAGGCACCCGGCUUGCUCUCCCGUGCGGCUUCCUGAUGCUAAUUUAUUUGAAUUCUGUUUAAGCCAGUUAUUUGUCGUCGUUAGGGUUUCCACUGCUGUUGCUGCUGCUACCAAAGCGUUUAGUUUAACUGCUUUUGCAUUCAUUUGCAUUUGGCAAUUAGAAGUUAAUCACAAGCCCGCGCUCUCUCUUAAACAUUAAGUUUUUCAUCGGGCUUUAAAAACGCCCGAACUAGUCUUUCAAGUAUUCAGAAUUAUUUAGUUUAAGAUAGUCGAACUUUUCACACAAGCUAUUCGACUCACUGGCGCUUUUCAAACUAAACUUUGGUCAGACCUCAGGGGACUUACUCAUAAAUAAGCCUGAGGUGUCUAUAAUUUAAUAAUCUUUGUAACAUUUGCUUGUGAACGCCCACCUCUUAGGUAUAGGAAUGCAGCUUGCGAAUAAAAGCGAAACAAGAAAACAAAACCCAAUGAAAUUCAGGAUCCUACCCGGAAAUAUUAUAUGCAAUUUUAACUACCUACAGCUUUAGAUAUAAAAAUGUUUCACAAAAAUACCAAAGUGUAACAAAGAUGUGCUUUUAAAGUGUAAAUGUAAUUAGUGUAAUGUAAAGAUAUACUAAAGCAGAUUGCCUAUUUUAUAUUGCAAACUAUACACAAGUAAGAAAGUGCAAGAACCUUAAGCAUAAGAUUUUAAAAGAACUCUGUUCAGUAUGCAACUCAAUUCAAAUGACGGACUAAGUUCGUUUGCUAACCAGAUAUUUAUGUGUAUAUUGUGUGCGCAUCCUAGGGAUACCUUAAAGGAUGAACGUCUGUAUUAAAAUUACUCCCACGGCUGCAAAUAAAGCUUAGCAUAUUCCGCGCCCGCUUA